AUGGGACGCAGGCCAGGCAGUACGACCAAAUCUGGUCGGUUCAUGAAUCCGGCUGAUCAAGAGCGAAAAAGUAUGCGACAAAAGGAACUGAAAAGGAAUAAGAAGCAACGGACGAUGGUCCGUCAAGCAAUCUUGAAAAGCAAGGAUGUUGAUGAAAUUAUCGAAAAUCUGAGACGUCUUGAUGAACAAGAAUUCGACAUUCAUGUGGAACAUCAUAGCAAGUAUGUUUUCAACGAGAAGCGUGCAAAAUUGAAACAGACGUUCAGCGAAGUAAUCAAUCUGUAUAAACAAGAAAAGCGCGAUGAGAAAAUCAAAGAAUUACACGAAAAAAUGGAUCGUUACGAAGUGGAAAGAGCUCAAAAAUUGCAACAAUACAAUGCUCAACGCUUUUCGUUAGAAGCUAAUCCAGUGGAAAUUCCACUGCCAGAUGGAAGUUCAUUACCAAAUGCUGCGAUGACACCAGUUGCGCCGUCGAUUCCAUCGCAGUACUUGAUGCCACAAGCUCGAAGUGGUAUUUUGAAGCAUACGACUACAAGUGGCGUGGCAGAACGUGAUGUUGAUGAACGUGGUGAGCCGCCAGGACCUCCAGUGGGACUGCCGCCACUGCUGAAGAUGGAUGGUGAAUAUAAUGACGAGCAGGUAUCCACAUCGAAAAGGAAAGUGCGUUUUGGAGAAAAUGAAACAAAACUGAUUCAAGACGACUUCUCACAGCAGAUUAUGGAUGACGAUUAUGGACCUGUUGAUAUACCAGCCGAAGUAAUGGAACAAGGAAGUGAGAAAGGAACAAAGAGACCUGCUGCCACCAUUUCAUCCACUUCCGCAGCAUCAGUUCUGUGCGCGGCACCAACGGUGAUCACCCAGCAACCACUCGUUCGUGCACCGCCAAUCCCUCCGAAUAUGUUACCUCCUCCACCACGAUUCCCUCUUCGACUGCCGUCACAUCCUCCCAAUUUACAAGCGGGUCGUGCAGGAAUGGCACCACCAACUAUGUAUAAGCGCCCAAGCACAACUGCCGAAUCAGUGAUCUCAGCUGCACCAGUUGUUCGUCGGCCAGUUGAUGCAUCGAAGGACAAAAACGAAGAAGAUGCACAAGCGACCAUUUCUGCAGAGCCCAAAUUAAGGGACCUCACCAAAGAAGUGACCACUUUCGUACCGAUGGCGCUUCGCACGAAUCGUCGUAAAGAGCCUCCCAAAAGACAUUUGAAUAAGUACAGUGUAAUGGGUGUUCAAGUGGAGUCAGCACAACGUAAAGAGGCCAAGGAUACAGAUGAAGCUUAUGCUGAUUUCAUGAAAGAAGUCUCGUCUCUUCUGUGA